AUGCAAGAGAAUGAGAAUGAGGAGAAAAAAAACAUGAGUGUUUCUCUAACGAUCGACUUCUCCGAACACCAAAUCCAUGGUACCGAUAAUGGCAACAGCAUCGGCCAACAAGUUACCUCUAGCAAUGUGGUCAAAGGCACCCAAGUGAGCAAAACCAGGAGCUCUGAUCUUACAUCUGUAUGGUCUCUCAGAGCCAUCAGACACGACGUAAACAGCCAUCUCACCCUUAGGAGCCUCAAUGGCAGUGUAGGUCUCACCUUGAGGAACAGCGUAACCCUUGGUGAACAACAAGAAGUGGUGGAUCAAGGCCUCCAUAUCCUCCUUCAUCGCGGAUCUUGGAGGUGGAGAGAUCUUGUAGUCCUCAACCUUGACUGGGCCCUCAGGCAUAUCGUUGAUACAUUGUUCAAUGAUUCUCAAGGAUUGUCUGAACUCAGUCAUUCUACACAAGUAACGGUCGUAACAGUCACCGUUGUAACCAACAGCCACAUCGAAGUCCACGAGCUCGUAAGCAUCGUAUGGUUGAGCCUUUCUGAUAUCAUAUGGGAUACCGGAGCCUCUAAGCAUAACACCAGACAAGGAGUAGUUCAAAGCAUCAUCGGCGGUAACAAUACCAACAUCAACAGUUCUGUCCUUCCAGAUACGGUUGUCAGUACACAACUCUUCGGUCUCAUCGAUUCUGUCACCGAAUUGGGUGGCCCACAUGUAGAUAUCGUCCAACAAGCCAGCUGGCAAGUCCUGGGAAACACCACCUGGUCUGACGUAGGCAGCGUGCAAUCUAGCACCGGAAACACGUUCGUAGAACUCCAUCAACUUCUCUCUCUCCUCGAAACCCCACAAGAACGGAGUCAAACCACCCACAUCCAUAAUGUGGGUCAACACAGACAUACAGUGGUUCAACACACGGGUGAUCUCACCAAACAAGGUACGGAUAUACUUGGCUCUCAAAGGAACCUCAACAUUAAGAAGCUUCUCCACAGCAAGCGCGAACACCAACUCGUUGGUCAUCAUGGAGACGUAGUCCAAACGGUCAAAGUAGGGCAAAGCUUGCAUGUAUGUCUUGGAUUCAAUCAAUUUCUCGGUACCACGAUGAAGCAAACCAACGUGAGGGUCCGAACGGACAACCUCCUCACCUUGCAACUCCAAAAUCAAACGCAACACACCGUGUGCGGCUGGAUGCUGUGGACCGAAGUUGAUGGUGAAGUGUCUGAUCUUGGUGUUCUGCUUGUCGACCAAGUGGGGGUCGUCGUCGUUACGCCACGUCAUGUCCACCUCGUCCAUCGACUCUGUGAACGUUGUUUUGUUGAAGAUCAAGCCGUCGUCGGUGACUUUCUGGGGGAUUUGACCCAUGGCACUCUUCCAGGCUUUGUUGGGAUCUUCCGGGGCGCUGGCACACAAUCUGGCGGCCGCCGAGAGGUAUCUGGCAGGAGAAGCCGAGGCAGCCACGGAGGCUUUGGCCAAGGUUCUGAAGGAGAGCAUUGUGGCUGGGGUUGGUGGGAGUGUUUGUGCUAG